ACUGGCAACACGUGGUCGUCUGCUAGCAAAGCGUGUAACGUGGUUAUGACUUUUGAUGAACAAUUUACCAACUGCUUUUGCAAUUAUUUCUCGUAAAAUGGACAAGAACCUCUUCAAAAUUCACAGCACCAGAUUCUACGAUGUAGAACCAAAAGCGAUACACAGUAUGGCUUACGAGUCUAACCGGCUAGCUCUUUCCAGGUCAGACAACAGUAUAGAAAUAUGGAAUUUGGAACAUUCUCCUCACAUUGAAAAGUUGAUUCCUGGUUCCCCAGAAGGCUCAAUCGAAGCGUUAGUUUGGUCCAAAGGCAGGCUCUUUUCCACCGGCUUGCAUGGUUUUGUGGUCGAGUAUGACUUGGUUGCUCUUUCGCCCAAAGCAAGUUACGCUGUCACAUCAGGAUCUGCAUGGUGUCUUGCAGUCAACAAGGAACACACACACUUGGCGGCCGGCUCUGAAGAAGGAUAUGUCUGCUUGUUUGAAAUCUUUGAAGAAGGAUUGAUGUACUAUAAAGUUUUCGACAAACAAGAAGGUCGUAUUCUUUCUCUGUCCUGGCACAGCUCAGGCGACUUUAUCGUCACAGGAUCAUCCAACGCGAUAAGAGUAUGGAACGUGAAAACUGGUCACGCCGUCAAUCGUCUAUCUCUCGGUCGUGCCGACAGUUUUAAAGAAACUCUCGUCUGGUGUGUCUGCAUCACAGACGACUUUGUCAUCAUCAGUGGCGACUCUAGAGGCAUGACAUCGUUUUGGAACGGUAAAUUGGGCACUCUGAUUGACGAAGUGAACGCCCACAAAGCCGACGUACUCUGCCUGUGUCUAUCUGAAGAUCAAAAGACUCUCUACUCGGCUGGAGUCGAUCCGGUCAUAGUGCUCUUUGCUCGCGUCACAGCCGGAGUCCGGAAUCAGUGGAUUCGAUCUGUCCAGCGUGCCAUCCACUCCCACGACGUACGCAGUCUGGCCCUGGCCGGUUCCAAAUUAAUAUCCGGAGGCGUGGAUGCCUAUUUGUGCAUCUCAUCAUAUCCUCCAAAGGCGUUAAAUAGAUACCCACCCUUACCUCAGGCGCCGUGCGUGCAGAUGGCUCAAGGCAAGCGACAGCUGCUGCUGCGUUACCCGACGUCGCUGGAUGUGUGGCAGCUGGGCGCGGCCGCCCCGAGCGGUCACCAGCUCAGCGCCAAUACUUUUUUGAAACUAUCCCAAGAGCCGGCCCGUCUCUUGCAGCUGAAGGCUAAAGAUGACGAAUGGAUUGUCUGCGCUACCGUGUCACCCGGUGGCGAUUACGUGGCCUACGCCACCGAGUCCAACGUCUACAUUUAUCAUUUCAUUCAGUCGGCUGGAACAUUGCAACUCAAAAAGUUGGUACCGCCGGAAGACGUCGGCACCUGCCACCGGAUGAUGUUCAUCCAUCACCCGACAGAGCCCGACCUUUCUGCCCGUCUCUUGCUGGCCACGCCGAAAUUGACGCUCCAGUUGGUUGACGUUGGCAGCUCGGGAUCGAUGAAAAUGGUUCACACGUUCAGCCGCGAGAGCGGCCAAUUGACGAUGGACGACUGCAUCCAUUUGAUGGACUGCUCGGCCGACGGUCGACUGGCCGUCGUGGCCGAUCACACGAGCAACGUCGUCAUCCUGGACCUGAAAUCCUACAAAGUGCACGCCACUCUGCCGCGCUACAAGAGUCACCCGACGGCGCUGGCCUUCCAUCCGUCGUCGCAUCUCCUGGUGGUGUCGUACGCCGAUCACAAGAUCGUCGAGUACGACGUCAUCCGUCGCCAGUACACGCCCUUCUCCAAGAAACUCUCGGAGAAGCUGCCCGUCCAGUGGCUGAGUCGAUCCUGCGCCGUCCGGCACAUCACGUUCGACGUCCGCCACCCGGACGUGAUCAUCCUGCACGACGACAGCGUCAUCUACACGAUCGACAAGAACAAGGAAUUUUCUGAGCCGGAUGCCAAGAUUACCAAAUUCGAUACGGGAACGGAGGACAGCCUGGACGCUCCACCCGCCGCGCUCAAGGCGCCCUCAGCCCAGCAACAGAAACUGAACUCGACGGCGGCCGGCAGUGGACCGUCGUCUUCUUGCUUUGGCAUGUCGAAGAAAUACAAACACCUGGCCUACUUUGGUGCCCUUGACGUUGGCGGCGAACUGGUGGCCGUCGAAGUCAGUCCUUUGGCGCUGGAGAAACACUUGCCUCCGGCCUUGUACAAGAAACGAUUCGGAGUUUGAGUACUGCUGCAAAAACAAAAUAAUAAUCAAACAACAAAU